AUACACAAGUCACAAACAAAAUGGCGAGCGUCGCUGCAGAACCCGACGCAGUGUCCUCGACGCUCAAGAACGUCAAGCACGUCGUCCUCGUGCUGUCCGGCAAGGGCGGCGUCGGCAAGUCCACUGUUUCGGUGCAGAUUGCGCUGUCACUGGUCGCUGCUGGCCACAAGGUUGGCUUGCUGGAUGUCGAUUUGUGCGGACCGAGCAUCCCGACCAUGCUGCAUCUGCAAAACCACAAGGUCCACCAGUGUCCACAAGGGUGGGUGCCCGUCUUUGCAGAUCAGGAGCAGCGGCUAAGCGUCAUGUCCAUCGCAUUCUUGCUGGACAGGCAGGACGAUCCUGUUGUUUGGCGUGGACCAAAGAAGACCGCUAUGAUCAAGCAAUUCUUGGCGGAUGUCUACUGGGGCGAGCUGGACUAUCUUAUUGUUGACACUCCGCCAGGCACGUCGGACGAACACAUCUCGAUGGUCGAAAACUUGCGAAAGGUGUCGCCGGAUGGUGCCGUGCUUGUCACAACGCCGCAGGCCGUCUCGACAAACGAUGUCAAAAAAGAGCUCAACUUUUGCAUCAAGGCACACCUGCCCAUUCUAGGCAUUGUCGAAAACAUGAGCGGGUUUGUGUGUCCCCAUUGCGCGGAAUGCUCCAAUGUCUUUUCAUCAAAGGGCGGCGAGUUGUUGGCUGCCGAAUUCAAGGUUCCGUUUCUCGGUCGAGUACCACUUGACCCUCUGCUCACACAGUCUCUCGAAAGCGGACAAAGCUUUGUGGCGCUCUACCCUGAAUCGGCAACACGGACGGCAAUUGACGCCAUUGUCAAGCCGCUGCUCGCACUCCCACCUCGCUUCUAAAAAAAAUUAAAAAAAAUAUGCGCCAGGCGAAUACACAGACUUUAUCAACUUGCACAUACA